AUUCCAUUGCCGAUUUGGAUGGCACGCGACACCGCCGCCGUCAUGGACGUUGUCCGAGCGAACGCGCCGGUUCUCGCGGGUGCAAUCUCUGGCGCGGCGACAGCAACUAUAUCGAACCCUCUCGACGUCGCCAAGACACGCAUCCAAGUUCAGGGCGGAAUCAUGACCGAGGCUAAGUAUACCGGGAUCUUUCGCUCCGUACAUACGAUUUACGUCGAGGAAGGGCUCCGAGGCAUGUAUCGAGGGUAUUCUGCAGCACUGUGCAGCUUUCCCGUGUACUGGUCGCUGUACUUCCCCACGUAUGAGUUUGUCAAGGUCCAGCUGAAUAAAACGUCGUUGGAUGAGUAUCCUGUUGUGAUCCAAGGCCUAUCUGCAACCAUCACAGGCACGACCGUCGACAUCGCCACGUACCCACUUUGGUUCCUUCGCACACGAAUGCACACGCAACAUCUGCACCAAAUCACAUCGUCGUCACAUGCACGAGACAACUAUUCCACCCUUCGCAGCACGGUGGCCACCAUAUUCAAGCGGGAGGGGCCAGAAGCAUUCUUCAAAGGCUUGUCCGCAUCCUGCUUUGGGAUUCUCAGCUAUGGAAUUCAAUUCCCCGUGUACGAAUACCUCAAGCAUCAAGUGGCAAUUGACCCCGACACACAAAAGGUAGCUACUCACUCCUCCAGUGAAAUCUUUUCUCCACUGCGGGACUGACACUUGGAGAAUUGUACAGCCGUCUGCAAUUGGAGUCGUUCUCGCCGCAACCGUAUCCAAAGCCAUCGCUGCCUCUUUCUCGUACCCAGGGGAUGUCGUCCGCACGCGCAUGCAGGAUCAAAUGGGGAAAAGCACAUACAAGCACUUUGCCGACGCGAUGGUCCAAAUUGCACGGAAGGAAGGAGUCGGGUCACUCUACGCUGGAUUCCGCGUCAACAUUUUCCGCAUCCUUCCUCAGUGCGCCACAACAUUCUUUGUCUAUGAGCACGUCAAAUCAUCCAUCGAAGCGCAGGACGUCGCCCGGCUGCCCUUCCGCCGCUUCACCACGUCAAAGCCCAUGUUGCAAUAAUCCUUCAAAUUUGAAAAUGUCCUUUCUCGCGCGC